GAAAAAAAAAGUUUUAAAAAAGGGUGGUUUUUGGUGGGGAACGGGCGGAAGUCUUGCCCCAAUGGAAACCCAAUAUGUCUUUUACGGGAAGUUCUCCUUUGAUUUUUUUUUACUUUUUUCCCCUUGAAUUCAAUGUUUAUAUACACUCUUUAAACUCUUACACUACCCCAAUCUGGCAACCCUUCGAAGUAUACGAACCAAUAAGGGAGACUAUCCCGUACCUCGAUCUGUUAGAAUUAGUAGUCGAACCUCUUCCAAUUCACUUUCUUCCAUUAAGAAGAACAUGUUUGGAUAACAUAAUCUGGGUAAAACUCUCCUUAUUAAGACUGGAUGCUCAUGGUUAGAUUGUCUUGUAAAUAUGUCUGUUCGACUAGAGCAGGUCUGAUCUGGUUUGGCUGAACAACAUCAGCAUCAACUACGCAUCGUCACCUGGCCUGCUAGAAACAGCAGCCAAAUGUCGCUUAAUUACAGCCUAGUGCCCUAAAAAAUAAUGGACACAUCAGAUAGUGUAGUUGGUGGAAUAUUUUGCCUUGGGGAAAAAAAAACAUGAUGGUCACGGCUGGAACGACGAUCAGGCGAGGCUGACUUGCGUACUAAACAAUAACAAUAACAAUAAUUUAAUUUAACCAAACACAUUUAUUAUUACCCGUCUGAAAUAUAGAAGGGUCAUUAAAAAAAAAACACAGAGGACUGUCGCGCACUACCUAUAUUCUUCUCCCUAGCACUCUUCUCCUAAAUUCAUCUUACCGUGUUUCGCUCACCUACUGCUAACCUGUUGUUACUUAUAUUCAAACAGUGAUUGCAUUGUUACUCAAUUUGGUCUUUCUGAAUUAAAAAUAUGAGUAACGGGCAAGAAUUUCACCUUUUUAGAUUAAGGAAAUAAUAUUAAGAAGGACAAAAGGAAGAAGCAAUCAACAUUAAAACUCAUGUAGCACCGUUUCAAACCGAGGCUUUUUUUUUUAUCUUCAGAGUGACUCGCAGACUUGAAAAUCACAUUCGUUACAUUGCCUUAUCAUUUCUACUAUAUUAUAUAUCACAUCGACCUUUCUGUUUGGUGAGCGAGAUAAUAUAUCUAUAUAUAAAUAUUUAGACGUCUCACGUAAAUAAACAAGACGACAUCAACAAUGACUGCAUUGGCCAACAACCGUUUACGUUGCCUGCGAUCGCUUCUUCAACGUUCGACAUGGUCUACGAGACAGCACGUUACCCCUCAGUUCUGCUUCAAACAGUAUUGCAGUUCCUUUUUCAGGUUUCGAUCGACAUUCCGUGAAGAACGAUCAUCACGAAACCUACAGAAUAUCUUCAAAAGUCUACUUCUUCGACUGGGAGCCGGCAGCGCGGCUGUUUUGCUCGUCGGUAGUUACCUGUACGACGGCGGGGGUGGCAACAGGCAAACACUAUCUACUGUUGCGGAAUGCCGGCAACCCCCAGAGCCACAGCGACUCGUGAAGCUACCCACAGCAGAAAAACUUACAUUAGAAGAAGCUAUAGUCGUAGCUAAAGACCUCGCCGAAUGCAAAAAGGCUGAAUGUAGUGCCCCUGGCUUGGUUAUUGCAGUCAGCAUUGAUGGUGAACUCGUCUGGAGCGAAGGGUUCGGCUAUGCUGACCUGGAGAAUCGAAUUCCAUACACGCCAUCCACCGUGACCAGGAUUGCCAGCAUCAGUAAAUCCAUCACCAUGGCAGCAGUAGCCAAAAUGUGGGAGAACGGACUGCUUGAUCUUAACAAACCAGUCCAGCACUAUGUACCAUCCUUCCCUGAGAAGGAAGUAGAUGGGGAAAAGGUGACCCUAACUGUCCGUCAUUUGCUGUCUCACAUGGGUGGUAUUCGUCACUACGACAGGACGUAUAUAGAUAAGGAUGCUGAUAAAACUAGUAACGAUAACUCUAAGGAUGAUUCAAAGAGUACCAAUAGCACUGCAACCAAGAACAACACUGCCACCAAGAACAACAACACUGCCACCACCAAUAACAACAACACUAACAACAACAACAACAACACUAACAACAACAACAACAACAGCAAGGAACUUGCUAAACUAUCUGAAUGUUCAAACAACAGCGACUACAAAAUGGAGGAAAUGUAUCUGAAAAAGACCUUCAAAAAUGUUGACGAAUCCCUAACGCUCUUCAAGGAUGACCCUCUUGUUCACAAACCAGGCAGUAAGUUUCUGUAUACAACACAUGGCUGGACAUUGGUGAGUGCUGUCUUGGAGAAAUCUUCAAAUAUAUCUUUAACGAAGAUGAUGCCCUCAGUGUUCAGAGACCUCGGACUUCACAACACCUACCUGGACAGGAAUAAACCCAUCAUAUAUAACAGAUCCAGGUUCUACAGUUUUUCAGAGAAAGGACAAGUGGUUAAUGCUCCCUACGUUGAUAAUUCUUACAAAUGGUCUGGUGGUGGAUUCCUUUCAACUGCUGAGGACUUGAUAAAAUUUGGAAAUGCCAUGCUGUACAGCUUCCAGUUUGAUGACUCUGGUGAUAGCACAUCUCCUUUGAAUACAAAAACAGAAGGACAAAGUGCACAAAACAAGAACAGCAAUGAAGCCAGGUUGAAGGGCUAUCUGAAGCGCAAAACAAUGUUGAAUCUGUGGAAACCUGUCGAAGGGACCAAUACUUCUGCGGCCCCUAAUAUUUAUUAUGGCCUUGGUUGGAGUGUUAUUCCUCUCAAACAUGAGCAUGCUUAUUGCUUGAAGAACCGUUUCUGUGCUUUCCAUACUGGGAAUGCUAUUGGUUCUAGUAGCAUUUUGCUUAUGUUACCUCGAGAUUCACUGCAAACGGAAGCUAACCCUCCCAAAGGAGUGGUAGUGGCUGCCAUCUGCAAUAUUGGUGAUGUUAGUUUACGUAAAUUAGCCAUAUCUGUAGCUGAUCUGUUUGAUCGGGUAAUCUGGUGUUUCAAGUUCAUUAUGCAAUUUCUGAACAACACACUAACACGUGUAAAGAUUAUGUUCUACAGUGUCUCAAAGAAUGGACAAAUGGUUAAUGCUCCCUACAUUGACAAUUCUUACAAGUGGGCUGGUGGUGGAUUUCUUUCAACUGCUGAGGACUUGAUAAAAUUUGGAAAUGCCAUGCUGUACAGCUUCCAGUUCGAUGAUAAUGUAUCACCUUUGAGUACAAAAACAGGACAAGGUAUGCAAAACAAAGAGGAAGCCAGGUUGAAGGGCUAUCUGAAGCGCAAAACAAUGUUGGAUCUGUGGAAACCUGUUGAAGGGGCCAAAGUCUCUGAAGCUAAUGAUAUUUACUAUGGACUUGGGUGGGAGCUAAUUCCUUUCAAACAUGAGCAUGCUUAUUGCUUGAAGAACCGUUUCUAUGCUUUCCAUACUGGGAAUGCUGUUGGUGCUAGUAGCAUUUUGCUUAUUUUACCUCGAGAUUCACUGCAGUCAGAGACUAACCCUCCCAAAGGAGUGAUAGUGACUGCCAUCUGCAAUAUUGGCGAGGUUAGUUUGCGUAAAUUGGCCUUGUCUGUAGCUGAUCUGUUUGAUCGGGUAUAGGAGUUUGGUGUUGUUACUGACUAACUGAACGAAAGACAACGAAAGAGAAAUUGAAGUAAAAAAGAAAGAAAAUUUGGAAGAAUGAAAGGAAAAUUGAUGAAGAAAUAAAGAAAAAUGACAAAGAAAAUUUAGAAGAAUGAAA